AUGUAUGCAUAUUCUUUCUUCAAUUGGUCCCUGUGGGUCCCUUCAAGGAGUUGGCACACUGCCUUGAUCCCGUUCAAGUGUUUCUACAUGAGCACCGCCAAAUGCCAAAACAAUCAGGAAUCCUGCAAAAUCACCAGGCGACAUCGACAAUCAUACAUUGCAAGGGGGCUGGGAACGCGGCGCCUCCGAGAAGUCCUUCGGCGCAAAGCCAAUUCAUCAUCCUUUCCCGACGUCGAUACGCGUUAUACAUACCCGAAUUUGAAGCGCGUCAAAGACAACUUUCUACCAACAAAGGAAAGUUCGGACCUAUAUAUAUCCUAUGUUUUUGGAUCCGAAAACCUCACUCCUUCUCCAACUUCAGCCCUUCAGUAG